AUGAGUGAAGAAAACGGCGCGAAACACAUUGGCGACGAAAUAAAAAAAGAGGAGAGUGAAGACGUGAAAGACGAAGUCAAAAUGGAUUUAGAAGACGACCCAAAUGAUAUUGUUGAAGAAGUUCAAAAGCCAAACGCUAUGGAGGAGGAACCAAUCAGUGACGCGGAUUUGUAUAUUGAAAUGAAGGAGUGGAGAAAAUUAUAUAAAAUCGAUAUCACUAUUUUAAGGGCUUUAUAUGACCUCGGCUUUAUAUAUCCAACAGAGAUUCAGAAAUUCGCAAUCCCAAAAGCUCUCACUUCUCAAAAAGAUUUGAUUGGAUCAGCGCCUACUGGGAGUGGCAAAACGCUGUCAUUCUUAAUCCCACUAGUCCAACGGUUUAUAGAGAAAGGGACAUUUGAUACGACGCAGUGUUUGAUCUUAGUUCCCACUCGAGAAUUAGCUGUUCAAAUUCGGGAUCACUUACAAAAAUUAACGAAAUACCUUCCGCGAGUCACAUCAUGUGUAGUAGUAGGUGGGUUAGCAUCCGUUAAACAAGUCCGUUUGUUGUUACAAGAGCCGACGAUAGUGAUCGGUACUCCUGGUCGUAUAUUUGAGUUAUACAACAACCAAGACACUCCUGUGUUAAAGACAUUGCCUUCGCUGCCGUAUUUAGUAGUUGAUGAAGCUGAUCGGAUGGUAGAGCCUGGGCACUUUUCCGAAUUAAAAGAUUUGGUGACGGUCGUGAGUAACGCAGAGAAGCAGACGUUUGUGUUUUCAGCGACGAUGCAAUUAGCUGCGGAGAUGUGGGCUGCUAAAUUUAAGACGACGCAAACGACGCAGAUGGAGAUGAUGGUAUCAGCGUUGAAUAUGAAAGACACGGAGUUAGUCGAUAUCUCGACGCCGGAACAAACAGCGAAGGAGAUGGAAGAGAAGAAGAUAACAGUGACGGGGAAGUUACGGGAUGAAGCGUUGUUUUAUGUCUUAACGAAAUUAAAUCCUGGGAAGACUUUAGUCUUUGUGAAUGCAAUAACAAUGGUUAAGCGAGUCGUUCCAUUACUUCAAAUGGUGAACAUCAAAGUGUCUUCGUUAUACUCAGGAAUGGAAAUGGCACAACGAUUAAGGAACAUCGAGAGAUUUACAAAGAACGAGAACACCGUGUUAGUCACAACGGAUAUCGCGGCGCGUGGACUUGAUAUCGACGAUAUUAAAACAGUCAUUCACUACGAUCUGCCACGAACAAGUGAGUUGUACGUCCAUCGAUCGGGAAGAACGGCGCGAGCGGGGAGGAAAGGGACUUGUAUAGUUUUUGUUGUCAAAGAAGAGAAAGGAAAAUAUUUGAAAAUGCUGGAAAACUUGAAAAAGAGUGACUUCCCGCAGAUUAAGAUCGACGCACAAGGCUUUGUGAUGACAAAAAAGAUCAUGGUCUUAGCUAAUAAAAUCAUCGAUAAGAAUAACACCAAAAAGAAGGGCGGCGUCGUUAAAAGAGACCAAAAGGAAAUCGAAGAUUCGGACGAAGAGGGACUCGACCCCGCUGAACAAGAAGACGACAGAGUCCAUAACGAGAAGAGAGAGAAACUCGAACGCCUCCAAAACUAUAAUAUGAAGGAACAAUUACAAGAUCUCCUCAAGAAGUAUCAAAUCGUCAAAUUGGCAGGGUCCGAGAAAGGAUCCUAUUUAAUGGGACUUAAAAUGGAGGGAAUGUCCGGAAAAGACCACUACGUAAAAGGAAAGGAAAAAAGAGAAAUGAAAAGAAAGCAUUUUGUAACAGUGAAAGGACUCGAUUUGGACGAUCUGGAUGAACAAAUUAACUUCGCAAAGACUCUUGCUAAGAAGAAAUAUUGA